AUGGCAUUUGUAGUGGCCGCUUCAACUCAAGCGAUCUUGACCGCGCGUGUUUGUCUACUGUCGACAAAAAGUCAGUGCGACGGCGCAUCCGCGGACAGUGUCCGGCAGUAGGCGGAGCGUCGCUUCGACUGCACCUUUACCUGUCAUCGAGCCGAUUUCUUCCUACCAAGCGGACUUCCUCUUCGAAGAAAUUCCGACCGUUCUUCAUGCUGUCAUGUCGCCGGCGGCACUAAUAGCCUUACUUCUGCCAUCGGUUCUGCGCGGCCAGGCUGACUUCUUCGAACCAGUCUGUCAAGUCAGACCACCCCAGUGCCAGCUUCUCUGUCCUCACGGGUACCUUCGAGAUUCUGGCAAAACGUGCAUUUGUGCGUGUGCGAUUGAUCCCCUGUCAGGUAUGUUCAACAUGAUAGCUUCACAGUUUUUUUAGCCAGUCGUAAAUACGUUAUUCAUUUUUUUAAAACCCUCGAAAACUUAUAUUUCAAUGUUAGAAAAUAAGAAAGUUUGAAAAAAAUUUACUUCCUUAUCAGUAAUCUUUCGAAAUCAUAAAGCUUUAGCAUGUGUCUGGGAGUUGAGAAAAAAAUUUAUAUGGUCUGAUAGUUUUUCAGACCACAUUAUGCUCAGCGACAGAGAUGUGUGUAGCGAUAGGAAUCAGACCGAAAUGUGUCCCGCGGAUUGGUGAGUCAAACAGCAGCAAGUUCCGAAACCGAUUUCGUAUCAUGAAGAUCUCGUUUUUUUGCAAAGAUUUAUAAAGAAAAAAAGUAGUAAUAAAAAAACAAGCGGUACUCGGUGUGUACACGCGUAGCCAAAACAGGUCACGGGUAAUUGGUGCGGCAACAGUGCCCGGGGGCAAUUAUCUGCGGUCGCAAAGAAAGUCCAACAGCUUCAGGAGCGAGUCGCCCUGAAUGUCCACGACUCACCGGCGGCGUCUGCGCCCUCAGAUGCGAAGGCGACCACGAUUGCAAAGGUGAGCAAUCCCGAAGAGAUGAAAAAAAAAAAUAAGGCGCAGACUUCAAAAAGCUUUAGAAAAUUUUGUGGUUUUUGGGUUCGAAGUUCAGAUUGCCAUUGUAUAAAGUUGUCCACGCAUGCUGAACUUGACAUAACUCUUCCUGUUGACUCCAUGAUUUUUUUUUAGACUUAAAACGGUUAUAAAAACAUCUGAAAUUAUCAAGAUAAUCGAUAAGUUAGCGAAAAAAGUGUUGAAUUAUAACUGAUUCCUUUCCAGGAAGGCUAGUAUGCUGCUCCAAUGGCUGCGGAAGAGAAUGCGUGACCCCGCUGACUCAAAGUUUUGCAAUAAAAGCAGAAAAGCCGAUCCAGCCAGUCAUUGGUAGGACCUCUCUUUCUAAUAAGGGAUCUUAUGAUGCCCUUCAGGCUCUUUUCACCGCCUUCUCAACGCUGUGACUCAGUUUGCGGGAAGCAAGUUGGCCACCAUGACGCCUGUUUCAGGCGGAAAUCCGUCCCAUUUUGGUUUCUAUCGAAAAUCUGACCGGUGGAACUGUUAAUUUUGAGGUCCAACUGCUAUUGAGCCAGUCGGAAGAACAGUGAAAAUUGGAGCCUGUCCGCCGCCAACGGGAGAUGGGGCCUGCAAAGGUUUUUCUGUUCAAAAUUAGAAAAAAAACAUUAAUUUGAAAAAAAAAAACAAAAAAAAACUUGCUCUUAGAAGUAAAAGAACACGUUUUAUUACAAACUUCUUUUUUUUUCCAAAUUCCCCGUUCAAAUAUUUUUUUGAAACCAAAAAGAUUCUGACUUCCCUAAGAUUCUUCAUAAGUAUAUUAGCUUCUUUUUGCUCUGUCCAGCUCUGAAGUCAUCUUGGAAAAAAACCAAAUGACUGAAGAAAAAAAACAGAGGCAGCUUGGGGAAGUUUAAAGAUAAAUAAUGAAUGACUUCCAUUUAAAAAAAUGUUUCAUUUUUCAAUUUUUUUGAAGAACAAUCAAAGUGUUCGAAUGAUUUCGAUUGCCCAAAUUUCGACAAAUGUUGCGUCAACGAGUGCGGAGCCACUUGUGCAGCGCCCAUCAAAUCCACCUGUGAGCUUCGAUCUUUUUGUAAGACCCGAAGCUUGGAAUUCAGCUUGUGUCCAUUUGGCGAUCGCUGUCAUGCGACUGCCAACGUCAAAACUCCUCAACGACUUCGUUCCAGCAUGCGAGCCCAACGGAAGGGUUUUCCAUCAUUUCUCUUGUUUUGAGUGACGAUUUUUGUUGAGUUCUCUUCGGUGCAGUGCGACAGUCGCUGGUGCUGGUGUGUCGACGUCCACUACGGGGCUGAAAUCGCCGGGUCUCGUGUGGAAAAGGCUCAGAGAAAAAGAGAAAUGUGUACAGGUGGGUAGACAAAUUCGUUGCUGUUCUGAAAAUGAGUGUCAAGAAAAUAUGUAAAACUCUAGUAAAAUUUCAAUUUGAGAAUUUUUAGCUUUCUGUGGAAGACUCGAGUUUUUCGAAAAAAAAGGCAAACAAUAAUUUUAAACUGUUCAUAUUUUUUUCUCUGCUGAUUUUCAUUCAGAAUAGUGUAGACGAGCUAUUAAUGUAGAAGAUGGUUGACUUCGAAUCCGGAGAUUCCAAGCUCUGAAGAAGCCUUGAAAGAAAGAGCCAGUUUUAUUAAAUACAUGAGUAAACCUUGAGCCUCAGAAAAUCGACUGUGCGCUCAAAAAUGCUCGAACGAGUGCUCCCACGGCCACGUGAUGGACGUUUUCGGCUGUCCCCACGUCAGUUGUGCGUGUGUCGACAUCUGCGCUCGCGUCCGGUCAGUCAGAAAACUCUUUGAACAACUCUUUUCUCUGUAGUUUCGACUGUUAUCUUCUUUUUUUCAAGAUGCGACAGUCCAUCUUACACUUGCCAGCUGAUAGAGCCCGACUGCGCCAAUCCGCCUUGUCUUCCUGUCCCGCGAUGUAAAUUUCAUCUAUUUCAUCUAUCAAAUGGAUCAUUUUUCUGUUGAUGCCCAGAUUGAAAAAUAAGUAAAUUUAUGUGCUUGACUAUAGAAUUUUUUUCAGGAAAAUAAUUUUCAAGCAAUUAAUUUUUUGAAGCUGUAUGAAAUGAUUUAUUCCAAGGAAAAAAAAGAACAAGAGUGAUAAAUUACGUUUUUAGUCAAAAGCUGAAACUGUGUAAAAAAAAAAUCUGGUUUUCAAAAAAAAGGAAAGGAAAAAAGUGAAAAAAAACUAAUAUGUGUUUUCAUUCUUUUUCAAAAAGCUGGAAGGGUUUUUUCGAGAGUCAUUAUGAAGUUGCUUUUUGAUUGGACACGUCUGACAACUUCUCAACUGGUUUUGAAAUAAUCCAACUUUUGUUCUCAGGCCUGCUGAACCCUUGCGAGUCCGGAUCGCCGCUAGUCCUUCCCAAUGGAAUCACGGCGCUGUGUUCGGCUAACAAAGACUGCGGGGCCGACUUUGGAUGUUUCAAAGUCUCCAAAUUCAAUUUAUUUUUGAAGAACAGUUUUUUUCAGAUCGGAUAUAACGGACUCGGAUUCUGCUGCCGUGGAGAGCAUGCUACGAAGGAUGGAAGAUGUCCUUCCAAGUCUGUCAAAAAAGUUGCCGCCACGUGUUUUUCUUCUUGUAAAAAUGACCAAGACUGUCCUCAAGGUUCAGUUUUCAACUAAUUUUUUUUUAAAUUUUUUGAAGUUGCUGGUACCAAUUCUAACCGUGCAAUAUUUCAGAACUGAAGUGCUGCUUCGAUGGCUGUGCCCUCGCCUGCGUGGCGCCUGAAUUCUUCUCUCUGAAAAAAGCGAAUCUUCUGAAGACGUCGGCGGUGGCUCACUACCAGCCAGGCGUCGUCGAACGCUACAACAAGAACCAUCUGAGCUCCCUGGUGGCCGAUUGCGCCGACGCCGUCGCCGAGAACGGCACCUGCAGCUCUCAAUGUCAGGCCGACAGCGACUGCCACGGAAUGAAAAGGUGUCGGAAGACUUGGAUCGACCUACAGUUAUGCUCUGCCUGAGCAAGUCCCAAACUAGAGGGUUUCGAAGAUGGGGAAAAUGUUUUGAAAAUUAAGAUUUCCAGAAGGAAAAAUUGAAAUUUUUUUUCCCUGUAAUAAAAGGAUUUAAUAAAUAUCUGCUCUAAUUAGUUAGCAUUAUUAAAUUAAUAUCGCGGAAGUUAAUGGAACAAGGUUUUGUAUUUUGCAGAUGUUGCCGGAACGGAUGCUCCACUUCUUGCCAAUAUCCCGUACGAAGCACUCGUCAGUUUGACUUCCCCAUUCUUCCAAUGUGGCCAUUACCUCAGAAAAAGACACGACAUUAAGAAAAUUUUCGAAUUUUUUCAGCGUGUUUCCAUGCCGCCUUGACAGCUGAACUUUACGCGCUAAGACUUUUGAAGAAGUGCGAUCGAGCUGGCAACUUCGAGCAGUUCCAGGCGAGUCUGAAACACGUUCAAACACGGAUCGAGAUUUCAGUGCGACUACGACGGCUGUUUCUGCGUGGACAUCGGCACUGGCGAGGAAGUGAGCGGUUCGCGGGUCUCGACUGGAAAACCCAACUGCAGCGGUUCACCUUUUUGCCAGAAUUUUCGCCACAGGAAGCAGUUUCAGCCCCGAGUACGUGUAAGCCACUCGUGUGUCCGACGAACUGCCCUUUCGGAUUCGAAAAGGACCAGAGCCAUUGUCCGACCUGUCGGUGCCGCAAUCCUUGUGAAGAGGUUGGGAUCUACCCUUUCAAAAAAAGGCGGACGAAAGGAUGACUAGAAACAUGUGCUCGGGAGUUUGGAUGAGAAACCAAAAAAUUCCAACUUUUUUUUCUUAGUUUUUUUUAUUUCUAGUUCACCAGUUUAGCGGAAACAAGAUGUUUGUACGUUAUGAGGUACAAUUUUUUGCUACAUCAAAUAUUUUUAGCCGAUUAUUAGUCAUUUUUCGAACCAAACGCUGAAUGACUUUUCUAAAUGAGCGGCGUCGAGCUGAAAUUUUAUUAUUUAUCAUAAAACCUUUGGUAAGGAUAUCGUUUUAGGUGAAAUGUCCGCAAGGAAGCGUCUGCACGAUGAGCAAAGUGCUUUGUUAUCAACGAGAUAAUUGUCCUUUCCAGCCGAGAUGUGAGUACAUUAAAACCAAAAAGAGUCCGGAAAUUCCUCUUGCCAGGUCUUCUAAACUUUUGUCCCAGCGGCGAUCCUCAUGUCUCCAACAUAGGGCUGGUUGAGUCUUGCAAUGAAGAGUCCGACUGUCCUUCCGCGACGCAUUGGUGUCAUCAGGUCAGUACUUGUUUGGUCGAAACGUUUUUUUUUCUAGAAUGCAAAAAAGAUUGUGAGUUCGACUUUUUUCAUUUGACUGGAGAUUCGGACAAACCUGUUGUUCAAUUCAUUACUUUUUGAGAUUCAAACAACUUCAGAUUGGAGCUCCUGCAGGAGGCGUUUGCUGUCCGAUUCCAAGAAGAUCGCGAAACUUCGGCAGCUGUGCCGUCGUUCCGAUUUCUCUCAACUCGGACAAGAUGUGCAGGUUUUGUGGAUCCCUUGAAAAGAGGAGAAAAUAAUGUUCUUCAGAGUCAACUGUCGCGUUGACGACGACUGCCACAUGCAUCAGAAGUGCUGUUUCGAUGGCUGUGGAGCUUCCUGCCAAGGUAGUCCGACGUUCAGACUUUCUCACGAGAAAAUGGCUUCAGAUGUGCAGCAGCCGCCGAUUUCGGAGCUCACUGAGGACAUUGAGAAAAAGUGGAGUCUGUAUUUCUUCGUCGAGAGUCCUUUGUGAGCGCGACGAGUGAGUCUAUUUUCAGGAUAACGGGAUUUUUUGAAAAUAGUGAAGAGGAACUGGAAAAAAACACCGUAUUCAAACUUUCCAUCUUGUCUUUUUUUCAAAAUUUUUCUUAUUACGAAACGCGUUUUUAUUUAUUUUUUUGAUCUGAUGAAAUUUCUUAUUGAAGAAUUGAUUGAAAACUAAUGUGCUGCCAAAUUUCAAGUCUAAAACUUUUUUUAAAAACUUGCUCGAAAAAAAUCUUGAGGGUAAUAUUUUUUUGCAGGUGAAAGAAAUAUAAAACCUAACACGAAUGGGAAAUUUUCUAAGAAAAAAAGUUCAACUUUCGUGCUCAUUUCUCUUGUUCAUUUAUCAUCCGUACCGUCAAAUUUUUUUCAGACAGGACCAGUGUAAAAAUCGAUUCGGACUGCUCUGGCGUGCAGAAAUGCUGCGACGACGGCUGCAAGAAGACGUGCGCCUAUCCGAUGCAAACCAGCAAAUGUAUGAUGCGCAAGACAAAUCUCCAGAAGCUCGGUCAACUCGACGUCAUCAAAUGUCAUCCAGGUGACUGAAAUGACGACGUCAUCGAGUGAAAUUGAGAUACAGACGGUUCUUUCGAGGAGAUUCAGUGUGACAACGAGUUUUGCUGGUGCGUCGACGAUGAAGGCAACUAUAUCGAGGGAACCAAGAGCAGUGAUGACGUCACUCCCACCUGUCCAGGUAUCUUCAGAGACCGGGUUCUCAACUCUUCAGGGUUCUUGAAAAUGCAUAAAUAUGUCUUUAUAUUAACAUUUUUUCACUUUUCAACUUCUGAUUUCCGCUCUCUUUGCGGAAAGGCCUAUAACGUCAGGUUUUUUAUCAGCCUGGCGUUAUAGGACUUUCCGAAAAAUCAAGAUUUGAGCGAUAAAAAUAAUUUUUCUAGUAUAAAACAGAAAAACUAUACUGCGCUUAACAGAGCCGUGCAAGAAGCUGUCUUGUCCCGAUCUGAAAUGUGUGUACGGUAGAAGGAAAGAGAACGACUGCGAGACUUGCGACUGUCUGGAUCCUUGCGAAGUCAGCACACAUUUAUUCCAUUCUCCCAGUCCUCCUCUUCAGAACAUCAGCUGUCCAGACGACUCGAUUUGCGUGCCUACUUCAGUUUCUUGUAUCAAGGAACCGUGUCCAACGGUAGAAGAAUGGCUUCUCCUUUCGAAUUCCCGCUUUUAUUCAGGUGCCAAGAUGUGUGAUCAACCCUUGUCCAAACUCCGAUGUCCUUCUUAACAUAACUUCUCGGACGCCUCUCCGCUGCAAGCAUCGCAAACAAUGUGCAAAUGGACUGAUGUCGACUCACUGCGCCAUGCUCACGGCUGACUCAGGAUUUGCUGUUCGGGCGAAGGUUCGAGGCUUCUUCCGAAGGUUUAUCUCUGAUUUGCAGAGCCGCGUCUUCAUCCGGGAUCUUGUCCAAAUGCCGAAUUGUCACUGGGAGAAAAAUGCACCCGUGAAUGCUCCUCGGACAAUGACUGCGAGAACUCGUCGAAGUGUUGCUGGAACGGCUGCGGACUUGGCUGCGUGCCGGCUUCUUUCGACGCUGCUCCAGUUCAGCUGCACCUCGGAGAGUGUCUCGUGAUUCCUCAUCUGCGGAAUCAUUGCCUUCAUCGGUAUAACACUUUCUCUAACAGAAUCGUUUGAAUAUUAAUAUUAAUUGGUGAAUAGAGAGUUUCUCUGAACAAGACUCAUGUUUCAAAAAAACCUACUAAAAGAUUGUUUUUUUCUUGAAGUAAUUUGAAAAUAACGGGAAAUUUGCUAAAAUUUUCAAUUAAUCAAUUUCGAUUUUUAUGGACGGAACCGAAUUUGGAUGAAAUAGCUGGAAAUCGCAUUUUUAGACCGACAGUUGAAGAGUGCAAGAAAGACGAAGACUGCCCCUCACUGCUGAAAUGCUGCUUUGACGGCUGUGUUAAAAGAUGCUCCCAUCCUCACAAGACGACAAAUUGUGAGCCCUACCGAGAAUACUCCUCAGAAUUCUCUUUCUAGGUGUCCAUCAACGACUGUCCGCUCUACAAAUAGCAGAAACUAACGAGGAGACAUUUGUUGUGGAAUGCGGAGCUGGAGGAGAGUUCGACGAGAUUCAGACUCACUUCGGAUUGAUGUGGUGUGUCGACGAGCGAGGCUUUGAAAUUCCAGGGUAGCCUUUCCUUGGUCUUGAAACUGAAUAAACUGAUUAGCUUUCAGGAACGAAAUCGACUCGAGUGCCCGACUGCCAGAAACCGCGUCCGUGUCCUCUGAGGACCUGUUCCAAGAAGUGUCCUUAUGGGUAGAGCCUCCGAGAGAAGACAUUCCAUAGCUGCCGAUUCAGGUUGAAGAGCGACAACGAGGGCUGCUCCGUGUGCGACUGCGUCAAGCCCUGCGAAUUCGUCGCGUGUCCGGCCGGAACUCUGUGUCGCCUGGUCUCAGUCGCGUGCUUCGAAAAAGAUUGCCAGCCAGUCGCUCGAUGUUUCCAACUUCUAAAUAUUCUCUUUAAUGGAGAUCUCAAAGGUGUUCCCAAUAUGUGCUCAACCGGCGAACCUCUCAAGAUAAACGACGAGGAGUUGGCCACGUGCACUUCGAAGUCUCCUUGUCCUGCCGGAUUCCACUGCAAGAACUCUGGAUACUUGGGGCUGUCUAUCUGCUGUCCAGUUUAUGGUGUGUCUUUUUUUCGGAAUUCCUCACUAAUUCUCUUAGAUUUGCAACUGACUCAAUGUGCUGCCCUGCCGUUGACCCUCACGUCUGUCGAUGCUGCUCCUUGCGUGGUAAGAAAAAAAAAGUCAACCAAAAAGUGGAUUUUGGGUCUCAAACUAUGACUCAGAGAGUAAUUUCCGUAAAGUUAAAAAUUCAUUUAGUCGCGAUGAUUUUUUUUGUGAAAAAAGCCGAAGAAAAAAAUGGUGUGAGUAUGCCGUAAAAUAGGUUCUUUUUUACAUUAUGAAGUUCCAUGAAUGUGAGGAUUAUAUGGGCACAUCGGUUGUUGAGGUGGGAUGUCGUCAGCCAAAUGAUUGUCCCAAAUCGACAUGUUGUUUCAAUGGCUGCGGUACCAGUUGCCAGUACGAGUCGCGUAAGUUUUCUGUUCUUCCCGACGAAAAAGCUUCUUUUUCCUUCUAGAAGAGUCUCCCGCCGUCCGAGGGUUUCCUCAAAAACCUGUUGUUCAUACGUUUUCCAAGAAGUUUCCUUUCUCGCAGAUCAAGGUUUAAAAAAUGAAUACCUGGUUUCCAAGAAGAGUUUAGCCAAUAAAGUCGAUAUCCGUUGCGCAGCCCACGCCUCCGCGACCCCAGAUUUCUCUGGUCGCAACGACAUCGACACCGGUUGGCGUGACUGUAAUCAACCCUAUCGGUCUGUGGAAGAAUUCCGAAAGAAAAACCUCGAUAUCUAGGCAUCCUGUCAGCUGUCCAGAAACUGGGAACUUGCAAAAAGGUGCUGCUAAAUCCUGGCUGCGGCGAACAAUGUGUGAUGGACGCAGACUGUCCGGGUUAUUGGAAGUGCUGCCGUGCGACCUGCGGGAACGUCUGCUCGCCUCCCGAAGUGUUUCCGUUCUUUUUUCUAACCUCAGAAUUUCUUGAAGAUUGCCACGGCUUGCAUUCAUCGUCUUUUGGCAUUCAACGAGAAACUCGCCGCCGAAAACUCGAAUCUACCUGCGCCAGUACAGUGCUCCGCAGACGGACUUUUCAGAGAGCACCAAUGCGAUAUCAACUCCAAGUACGUCGCCUAACCGAAAAGUUUGAUUUAUCCAUUGCUACAGACAGUGUUGGUGUGUCAACACGCUCGAUGGCACAGAAAUACCAGGAACUCGGAUUUACAACCACGUCUCACUUCCGGACUGCUCUGGUUUGAUAUUCCUGGCCUAUCUCCGACUCUUCUCAUUUUUCCAGCCCCAAAGAUUUGCUCCACGCGCUGCGACUCCUCAAAGUGUCCUUUCGGCGUGAGACUCGACACCAACGGAUGUCCGAUGAAUGGCGCCUGCGAAUGUGCCAACUUGUGUAGUGUAAGAACUAUAUCAGGAAGAGAAACCGAAUGGAGUUUCAAGACGUUCGAUUGUCCUGUUGCCAUGGAGUGCGUACUGAUGCCCGUCCGUUGCACCACGCACCCUUGUCCUGAUGUUCCUCAAUGUGAGUCGGUUUUUGGAUUCAUGGGUCUUGGUUCUGUCUCAGGCAUCGAAUCUCUCUGCGCGACACCUCAACGCGACUCCUACCGCAACGCCGUCGGAUGCACGGCGGACGGAGGCUGCGGAAGAGGCGCCAAGUGUGUCACUUCUCCGCUCCGAGCCGAGGUCUUCUUUCCUUUUUUCAUCGUCGCUCUUUCUUUUCCGUACAAAAGCAGAACAGUAAAGUUUUAGAACUGUACAGCAGAAAGAAUAUUGGCAGAUAGCUAUUUUGAAUUGUGAUGCAUUUUCAGAGCGGCAUUUGUUGUCUGCAAAAGCUUCCUGCCUUGCCAUCUGUCGAAGUUCCCAUCCCUUCGACUGUGUUGCCUACCGUAGCCUUGCCUCCUUCAAUCACAAACAGCCUUCCUUUUCCAAACAAGAUGACGGUCAUCGAAGCAACUCCGAUCAGUGUCAUGAAGGCUACAAGUUAGACCUUGCAUUUAUCCGUCCCGGAUUUAGUUUUCUAGACUGUACCACAAUGCAAUCGGCUUUGGUUCUUCUGAAAAAGAACGGGGCGAUUGUUAGAGGAUACACUCCUCUCUGCGACGUUUCAACUGGAGAUUACAACACAACGCAAUGUGACGGGAGCAAGUGCUGGUGCGUGAACGCUCUGAACGGCGAGGAAAUCUUCGGCACGAGAAGCUCAUCGCGAAACCCUUGCAAUGGUUGGUCACACCCCUCAGCGAAGACUUGUGGGUUGCAGCCAGAACGACGUGCGUCUCGAAAUGCUCCGGAUCCAUGUGUCCCUACGGGUUGGUCCUCGAUAGAAAUGGCUGUCCUCGAGCCGAGUGUCUGUGCAAAUCGCCGUGCGAAGACGUCGACUGCGUCACCGGCGAGGUCUUCACUCAAAAAAUCAGCUCUCACACGUAUUCGCUAUUCGAGCAAUCUGACCUGUCCGCGUUUCUUUUCUCUCGUCGGCGUGCUCAUAGCGAUCCGAAUAAAAUCACCUACACGAGAGUAUUUUGAGAAAAAGAGAGCGUAGACAAAUCUUACUGUAUCAAUGUUUGGCCUGUGUAGAUACUUUCGUUACCGACAAAAGAAAAUUCUUACAAAGUUGUUAAUUUUCUCUUCCUCACUUUGGGAAAUCGGAAUGAGAUCACUAACUAGAUUUGAUUUUUACGCAGAUUUAUUUUCUGGUCUUUGAAAAUGUCAGGAGGGACUAUGGAAAAAAGACAAUACCUCUCAAAUUUUAAGUGACGACUCCUUGUAAGCUGCUCACCUCUGUAUCAAAAGAAAGUCUUACACAAUUAUUUUUCGAAGUAUACGUAUAGUUAUGAUUUUUUAUAGCUACUCGAAAACACAUUUUUCAACAUUUGGGAUCAUAUUUUUAUUCUCAGAUCUCCUGGGCAAACUUUAAUACCGAAAAAUUACGGUAAAGAAAACUCAGUGCUUCUAGUUUUAUUCAGAGGUGAAUUUUGUGAAUUUUGAACGAACGCUAGGAACGAAAAAAAAAACAAGUAAAUAUUGCCAUUAGUUGUAUAUUUUUUUAGGUUUGUAUUUUACGACGUGCGGAUUGCCCUUCUCGAUGGUGUCUUCCCGUUCCAAACUGUAAGCGUGACUUCCAGGCUUGAACUAGUUUUGGUGGCAGGCGAGCGUUCGCCGUGCAACUCAGGACUGCGGCCUCUGGUAGAGUCUCGGACGCGACAACAGUUUUCCUGCACGGACAACUCGAUCUGUCCGGCAGGCUAUUACUGCACGGCCUACGACGAGAAUAUGCACGGCGUCUGCUGUCCCGCCAGAGGCUUGUAUCAACUCCCUCACGAGAUAGAAUGGCAACAUUUCAGAGCCAAUCUUGAGUGUCGGAAAGAAGGAGCAGUUGUGUCCCCAUGGCGAUCCGUUCGCCGCGUCUUCCGAUGGAACUCCCACCGCCUGCACAGCGCUCAGCAAUGGGUUCGUCGCGCUUUCUCUUGGAGUUAUCCCUUAGCCAAAGUCACUAAUUUUGAAUAAUAAAGUAGAUUGUGAGAUAUUGGUUUCAACAACCACCUUUAGGAUUGAUGCAAAUAUUUUUCAAUCUUACCGUCGAAAAAUUAUCGAUGAUCAACGGAGACUCAUUUCUUUGUUAACAUUGAUACUUAUACCAUAAUCAGAAGCUUUCAUAAUGGAGAUGUUCAUAAAAACAAGAAAAGAAAGCGAAAAUUUUGAAAAUCGACAAAAAUUCAGAAAAAAAAAGAUGAAUUUCGUUAACUCUGAAUUCUUUCCGCCCAUAUUCUUUUCACUGUCGUCGGUUUCAGUUGUCCUCCAACCCACUACUGUUCCACGAGAGCGAGUCAAACGACUGGAGUUUGCUGUGUGUCCAAAAGUGAGUGGAGUGAAGUUUCGCCCGAGGAACUCCACGUUGCAGGACACGUCUGCAACCAGCAGCCGGACCGAGGUCCUUGCCACGGCGUCGUCCCGCGCUUCUUCUACUCUUCUCGCAAUCAUUCCUGCUCCAUUUUCGAGUACGGCGGCUGUGCGGGCAACCUCAACAACUUCGCCACUUCUGCCGAUUGCGACAACUUCUGUGCAGGUUUCCAAAGGAUUCAGUUUUAUACUGCUGAAAAGAACCAAGAAGAAAGGGAAGCUUCAUCCUAUUUUUGCGUUUAGUCAUUAGGAUAAGGAAACGUUUUUGUUUCCGCCAAGCUGUUUACCCUUUUUUUGAUCUCUAACUUGGGGUGACAGCAAGACGUGACAGGCUGCGGGUAAACAAUGCCGAAAUGGAAGCCUAAAACUCGUUCAUCUCAUUUUUGAAGUUCAUUAGUAGGGAUCUCUGCAGAACAUUAAUUUUGAAAAUUCAGGUUUUGAUAAACGUUUUUUGAAUAAUAAAUAUUUCCUAUCAAUGUAAGCUAACAAUGACGAAACAUACGUUUUGAUUUUAAAAUUUCGAAUCUUCUUUUUUUUUUAAUCUGCCCUGACUUUUGUGCAUUUUUUUUUUGGAAAAAAAAUAUUCUCUGAAUUUUUUCUGAGAUGCCUUUAAAAAAAAGCGUUUUGAGGUGUGGGACUGGAUUUAUCUUCUCCCUACAACGAACAUGAAGCGAGCUCACCUAUUGAGUCCUACCUUUUGGGGUUCUCUCUGACUGGAGCGCGCAUAGAAAGAUCAAGAAGAAAAGAUGCGGAGAGGUGCAAAAAAGUUGAAAUUAUCAUCUGGAUCAAUCUUCGCUUCAGAGAACUUGAAACGAUUCUAGCAGAAAGGUUUGGAAUCCCCCGAGGUUCCAUAGAGGAUCUCAUCAUUAGAGACGAUAACACUGUCCGUUUUACGAUUCGAGAUGUCGACGCCCAAAAAUUUGCACGAGAAGUCUCAGAACAGGUUCGCUCUUGAGCUGGCAAGUCCUGAGUGAGAAGAUUCCAGAUUUCGAGCGGAAAACUCGCUCUGCGACUAGCAGGACACCAUCUGAAAGCUGAAGCUCACACUCUAGUAGCGCACCAUAUCGCCCAGGAAACUGCUUCUGAACUCACCGCUCGAGUGGUUUUCUACGGUCUUUUCUCCUCCUUCACAUCUGUUACCAUCAUAAUAUUCAGCAAUCCUUUUCGCUGCCUUUGUUUUCGCUCUGCUUGUUGGAUUCUUACUGUGCUUAGCUUGCGUAAGUUUGGAAAAGACGAAGAUUUGGUUGACGAAAUCGUUGUAGUUCUGUUUUUACCGAAACGGGUCGAAGAGGUCGAACGCAGGGACGACGCCGUCGAACACAAUAGCCGGUAGCAUCGUCGCAGAACGGAUGCCGCCUCGUCCGAUCCGACGCGUCGAAAGGGUAUUUAUUUCUAUAGUUGGAUCAUCUUCAGAAAAGAGACGGUCGCCAAAAUUUGGAGUCAAAUAAACAAAAAAUCAACUUUUGACUGCAACUUCGUUCGAAGCUAAUCACGAUGAGUUUUUGCAGAUAUUCUCGCGCGAAAACGUGUCAGUUUGCUCGAACAGAUUGGCUGAUGAGCGGCCCGUCAGUCGCAAUUAUUAUUAA